CUCCUCCCACUCUCAUCCUCACCACUCUUACGUUUCAGAUUUUCCCAGGAACUGCUCCUUUCUGUUUCUCUGAUUCUCUCUCACUUGUUCUCGGUCUCUCCACCCUAAGCUGUGAGAGAAUGAGCUCCUUGACAGAUUCUGAGUGCAGUGAUUAAAGAUCAAGAGCUUGACAGCAGCGAGGAUGUGCAUAGCUCAUCCUUUGCCUACGGCAUCAUUACCAUCUUUGACAGCUGGAGUGAACGCACCAGAGGCAGCAGCAGCAGUGGCGAAGCUUUUCAGGCAUCCGAGCCUUGCCUGUUACCAUAUUUACUGCCCAGUUGCCUCCUAACAGGAAUUGCGAGGAAGGGCAGACAGGUAGACACAGACAUAGCCAGAAAGAAGUGAAGGGAUCUACCAAACAAGUGGACAGUGAGGAGAAAGAGGAAGGGAGAGAAGGAGGGAGAAACAGUGUUGGCUGCACACAUUGGGGAUUUGUGAGGGGAAGGCGGGUAGAGAGUGUGGGCUGGGUUAAACGGCACUUAAAAGGCGCCGACUGUGAGGAUUGCAAGCCUGAGUGACAGACAGCCAGGCGGGGAGCAAGGGGGAAAGAGGGAGAGAAAGGGGGUGAGAGAAAAAGAAAGUGAGGAGUCAGAGAGAGAGAGAGAGAAAGAAGCACUGCACAGGAGUCUCCAGUGGCGUGUCCACCUACUGUUUGAGACGCAAUUCUGUGGAGCACUCUGCAGUAAAGGUUUAUUAUCACCUUGCCCUCUUCUUUGGAAUUUCUUUGCACUUUUCUAACUCUUCUGUUCUGUGGUCAGACACCCACAAUGUACUUGGGCAUGUUACUGCUGGCUCUGUUCGGAGUCAGCAUGGCUCUAAGACCUGAAUGGGAGCCUGGGACUUACCCUGAAACAGAAAGGGGGGCCAGGCAGUUUGUGGAUGACUACAACAGUACUGCAGAGCAAGUUAUGUACUUCAGCACAGAAGCCAGCUGGACGUACAACACCAACCUGACGGACUACAACUCCCAGCAACAGGUCCAGGCGUCCAUGGAGGAACAAGCAUUUGUGGAAGCUUGGGGAAAGAAGGCCAAGGAGACCUUUAAUGAGACCCUCAUGGACACCUUUAACCCAGAGCUGAAGAAACUCAUCUCCAUGAUCAACGUACUGGGACCUGCCAAUCUCCCCACAGCUGAGAGAGAGAGGUACAAUGCCAUUUUGAGUCGGAUGGAUAACAUCUACUCCACAGCAAAAGUGUGUCCCAAACCAAAGGAGUGCUGGUUAUUGGAACCUGAGCUGACUGAGAUUAUGGCUAACUCCCGAAGUUACAAGAAGUUACUGUAUGCCUGGGAGGGCUGGCACAAUGACUCUGGAGUGCCACUCAGGACCCUCUACCCUGAAUUUGUGCAGCUCAGCAACAAAGCCUCAACUAUGGAUGGUUUUCCAGACACUGGUGCUUAUUGGCGCUCGUGGUACGAGUCUCCGACCUUUGAGAAGGAUUUGGAGAACCUCUUCAAACAGCUGCAGCCUCUUUACUUGAACCUGCAUGCCUUUGUCCGCCGGAAGCUCUAUGACUUCUAUGGCCCUAAGUAUAUCAACCUUAAAGGCCCCAUCCCUGCCCAUCUGCUUGGGAACAUGUGGUCACAAACCUGGAACAACAUCUAUAGUAUGAUGAUUCCUUUCCCUGAUAAGCCCAAUGUGGAUGUGACCCAAAACAUGGUUGCACAAGGCUACAAUGCAACCUACAUGUUUGAGGUGGCUGAAGACUUCUUCAUAUCCUUGGGUCUGGAGAAGAUGCCCUUCAACUUCUGGAACAGAUCUAUGUUGGAGAAGCCUGACGAUGGCCGAGAUGUCGUCUGCCAUGCCUCUGCCUGGGACUUCUACAACCGUGAGGACUUCAGGAUUAAGCAGUGCACUACAGUGACUAUGGAGCAGCUGUUCACUGUGCACCAUGAGAUGGGCCAUGUGGAGUAUUACCUGCAGUACAAAGACAAGCCAGUCAGCUUCAGACGUGGAGCCAAUCCUGGUUUUCAUGAGGCCAUUGGAGAUGUGCUCUCUCUUUCUGUCUCUACACCAAAACACCUGAAGACCAUUGGCCUGCUGGACACACUUGUUGAUGACAAAGAGACUGACCUCAACUACCUGUUGAAGAUGGCUUUGGAGAAGAUAGCCUUCCUUCCUUUUGGUUAUCUCAUCGAUCAGUGGCGCUGGGGUGUGUUCAGUGGACGUACGCCCCCUGAACGUUACAAUGCAGAGUGGUGGUACCUGAGGACAAAAUAUCAAGGUAUCUGUCCACCAGUCAGGCGGACAGAAGAGCACUUUGACCCUGGGGCAAAAUAUCACAUCCCAGGAAAUACCCCCUACAUCAGGUAUUUUGUGAGCUACAUCCUUCAGUUUCAGUUUCAUCAGAAGCUUUGCCAGGAGGCCGGACACACUGGGCCCCUGUACAAGUGUGACAUUUACAAUUCCAACCAGGCUGGGAACAUAUUACAAAAAGUCAUGAGUGCUGGGUCAUCUAAGCCCUGGACGGAGGUGCUGCAGGAAGCUUUGGGCACAAACAAAAUGGACGCCAGUGCUCUGAUGCAGUACUUUGGGCCUAUCACCACCUGGUUAGCAGAACAGAACAAGCUGACCAAUGAAACGCUGGGGUGGCCUGACUUUGACUGGAUGCCACCUGUCCCAGAUGGCUAUCCAGAAGACAUUGCAGACAAAAUAACAGAUGAGACACAGGCAAAGCUGUUCUUGGCUGAGUACAACACUACAGCGGAGAGAGUCUGGAAUGCAUACACUGAGGCCUCAUGGGCCUAUAACACUGACAUCAAUGAAAUAAACAAGCAGAUUAUGCUGGAGAAAAACCUGGAGAUGGCUACACACACAAAGACCUAUGGAUUGCAAGCCCGCAAUUAUGACACCACAGAUUUCCAGGACCAAUCAGUGAAGAGGAUUCUAAAGAAACUCAGUGACCUGGAGAGGGCUGCACUCCCUGAUGCUGAACUGAAAGAGUACAACAACUUGUUGGCCUCUAUGGAGACCACUUACAGCAUAGCUAAAGUCUGCAAAAAGGAUGGUACAUGUCUACCUCUUGAUCCAGACCUGACUAAGAUCAUGGCUGAGUCCAGAGACUAUGAGGAGCUGCUAUUUGCCUGGCAGGGUUGGCGCAAUGCUUCAGGAAGACAGCUCCGCCAGAACUACAAGAGAUACGUGGAGCUUGCCAACUUAGCUGCACAGAGUAAUGGACAUUCUGACAAUGGGGCAUUUUGGCGCUCUUUGUAUGAGACACCCACCUUUGAGGAGGAUCUGGAGGCAUUAUGGAAAGACCUUCAGCCACUCUACCUCAACCUCCAUGCUUAUGUGCGCAGAGGCCUGUUCAAAAAGUAUGGACACAAUCACAUCAACCUCCAAGGACCAAUUCCUGCACAUUUACUAGGGAACAUGUGGGCCCAGACCUGGUCUGGCAUUAUGGACCUGGUUAUACCCUACCCUGAUGCCACACAGGUAGAUGUCACCCAAGCCAUGUUAGUCCAGAAAUGGGAUGCUCAUCGCAUGUUUGAAGAGUCUGAUCACUUCUUCACUAGUCUGGGCCUGGAGCCCAUGCCUAACGAGUUCUGGAAUAAGUCCAUGCUGGAGAAACCCACAGGCGGCCGGGAAGUGGUGUGCCAUGCUUCUGCCUGGGACUUUUACAACCGCAAAGACUUCAGGAUCAAGCAGUGCACGGUGGUGAACAUGGAUGACCUCAUCACUGUGCACCAUGAGAUGGGGCAUGUGCAGUACUUCCUGCAAUACAAGGACCAGCCCAUCUCUUUCCGUGAUGGUGCCAACCCUGGGUUCCAUGAGGCCAUUGGUGAUGUUCUGGCCUUGUCGGUGUCCACACCCAAACACCUCCACACCAUUGGCCUGCUAGACAAGGUGGAGGAUAACCCAGAGAGCACCAUUAACUUUCUGAUGAGCAUUGCCCUGGAUAAAAUCGCUUUCCUGCCAUUUGGCUACCUGAUGGACCAGUGGCGGUGGAAGGUGUUUGAUGGUAGGAUAUCAAGUACAGAGUACAAUAAAGAGUGGUGGAACCUCAGGCUGAAGUACCAGGGUUUGUGCCCACCCGUGCCUCGCACGGAAGAGGACUUUGAUCCUGGGGCGAAGUUCCACAUUCCUGCCAAUGUACCCUAUGUCAGGUACUUUGUCAGCUUUGUGAUUCAGUUCCAGUUUCAUAAAGCACUGUGUGAAGCUGCUGGCCAUACUGGUCCCCUUCACAACUGUGACAUCUAUCAGUCCAGAAAUGCAGGCCAACUCUUGGGGGAUGUGAUGAAGCUGGGCUUCAGUAAGCCUUGGCCAGAGGCAAUGAUGAUGAUCACUGGCCAGCCCAACAUGUCUGUGCAGCCUCUAAUGGAGUACUUCCAGCCCCUCACCCACUGGCUGGAAAAGGAAAACCAAAGGAACGGUGACAUCCUUGGCUGGCCAGACUAUGACUGGAUGCCACCCACAACAGGUGGUGUGGAGGUGGUAGAGGAGCUCAGCACAGUGAACUUCCUGGGUCUGAGUGUGGAUGAAGCCGGAGCUGCCGCUGGCCAGUGGAUUCUCCUGGUGCUGGGAAUCGUUCUCCUCCUCUCCACCGCCUUCAUAGGCUACAAAUACAGGAAAGCCAGGCAUCUACAAAACAAGUCUAGCUCCCAGGUGGAGCUCAAAUAGGAGCCUUCAAAGAAGAUAUCAUCUGGAGGCUAAAAUUCCUGUGUGGUUAUUUCUGAAAAAAAAAGAAAAACGUCCACCUUGCUUUAAUGUGUCGUAUAUUUAUUAAUAAUUUUUGGUCAAAUUUAUUUGACUAUGCAAUGAAGAAUGACUGUUGUAAUUUAUUUGUAAAAAUAUGAACCUUGUAUUUUAGUUGGGUAGAGAAUGUUUUCACUUAUUUGUUUGUAAAGUCUAAACUAUGUGUGUGUUUUUAGAUUGAUUUUAUUUCAAAAUCCUUUAUAGAUGAAAAAAAUAAGACUAUUCAAUUUUUUGACUUACCAUUUCUGUGGUAAAAGGCCAUUCCUCCA